AUGUCAUCUCAGUCUGAAGACUAUCAGAGAUAUGUUAUAGACAACUUGGUGGAACUUGUUCAAGCAUUGUGUGUGUCUGCUCUAUUUGACCAUUUACUCUCACGUCGUCUUGUAACUUUGGAAGAACGUGAUAGAUUGAAGGAAUGUUCUACUGAGCAAGAGAGAGCUCGCAUGCUGCUAUGCGAUGUUUUUCGAUACAAAGAAAACGUAGUUGAUCGGUUCUGCGAUGUUCUCAAGGAAGCAGGUCAGCUACAUAUCGCUAGAGACGUUAUGAAGAGAGGAGGCGUGGUUUGUGCAGACGAGCCUGCAAGUAAUCUGCAGACAGUACAGCAACAGCAGACCAUCCAACAAGCAGAACCUAAUGAACAGUGUGAUGGGCUCAAUGGACAGGAGAAAAGCACGACAGAAAUUGUGCAGCAGCAAGGUAAUAUGACUGAACCUACUGAAGACAACUGCACUAGAGAAAGGGAGGAAUUGUUGCAGCAUGAAGAUGGGACUAGUGGAUCAACAGUGGAAGCAGCUACAACGUUACAGGAAGAUCUCAAGGUAGAUUCUGAAUGGAAGGAGCUUUUGAAGCAUUGUCUUCCAGAUCUUCUAGCUGCUCUUCGUCCAAGUUUGUUUUUGGAUCAACUUCGAGGUUCUAAUUUACUUUCUCAAGAAGAACACACAGACCUGCAAGAAGACUCAUUGUCUGAAACUGAUCGAUCAGACAGACUUGUAAUUACUAUUCUUCCUCGAAAAGGAAAGGGAUCAUUUGAAAUAUUUUGUAAGAUUCUUUGUAAUGUGGAGAAUCAAAAGCAUAUUGUAAGUGAAAUUCUGAAAGUCCAAAAUCCAUCCUUACGUCCUACAUGUGCUGGCAUUCCACUUAGUGGGGAAACGAUUGGUCAAUCUGACAGUAGUGAGACACUCAAGAGGAAAAGAGUGAAUGAAGAUUCUAGUGACUCAUCUCAUUCUAAACGAUCGUGUGAUAAUGAAAACAAUCGUAGUGCAGUGUUUAUUUUCAGAAUGAAAGAUAAAGAAAAUGAAAGGGACUGGAAGGAGGAAAGUAUUAGGGAACUGUGUCGAAUAUGGUUUAAAAUAUCACCGAAAAAUGUAGAUUUUGUGUACAGUCUUCCACCAGCUGGUCAAAUGGAUCAUGUAUGUUUUGGUGACACAGUCAACAAGAUAGCUGUAAUUGAUGUGAAUGGUGUGGCACCAGAUCUUGUUGAGAAGUACAAAAGUCGGUUAGUUUCAAUCAUUGCUCGUUUUAUGAAGGUGAAAGAAGAUCGCAUUCAUUAUAUGGAGGCGACUACAGGCUCAUCUCUUGUUCUCAUUCAAAUGCGAAUGGAUGACUACUUUAGACUUUUUUCUGCACUGACAGUGGAAGCACAAUGCAUUGCACUUUAUCAAACAUUGAAAUGGACAUUUCCAGAGUUAGUUGGGGUCAAGUUUAGACUUGGUGGUUUGCCAGCAGUGGAUUUGAGCAAUUUAGGAGUGAGCGUGGAGAGAGUGUUGAUGGAUGAAGGAAGCAACUUGAGAGUUUUGAGGACGAACCAGACGAUCUUGUUGUUACUGGCAGUGAUUGCUUUACAACUCAAGUACAUGAACAUUGAGAAACACAUAUGUGAUUUGAAGCAAGAUGUUCAUGGUCUAACUAAUGAUCUGUUGAGUUCAAAGAAUCAGAGCAUGGCAUUACAGGAAACAGUUCUAGAUGCAAAGAUCUUUAGCAGUCAGAACACAAGAGUGUUGGAUAAACUUGGGAAUGACAGAAUUGAUCAUGCAGUUAAGGAAAUUGUAGAAGACAAGAAUUCCAUUGCUGCAUGUUUCAGAAGAAUGAAAUUGAGAGAAGAUACCAUUGCAAGAGAUGUAAAUGAAAAACUUGAUGUGAUUAAAGGGCUUGGAGAAGAAGUAGAGACAAAGUUAUCACAAAGACCACAAUUGACAGAGUUAACUGCAUACAGUCAUUCAUUGAUAGAAGGAUUACAAGCAAGAGUAGCUAAUCUCAAGAUUUCUAGGAAAAUACCUAAAAUGCGUUCAAUGAAACAACAGACAGAAACAAUGGGAGAGAAGUGGACAAAUUUGGCCCUUCGACUUGAAAAAGCACAGUCUGUAGAAGGGAUUCAGAUCAAUGACAGUCUGCCAUCAUGGACACAGUGGAAUGUACACAUGCCUUAUGACAGUUUGUUGCCAUAUAAUAGAAUGGGAGAGAUUGAAGGCAGACUAGUGGUAGGAGGUCGUGAUGGUAAUCUGCAUGUUCUCACUUAUGAACAUGAUAAGUGGGACAAGUUUGUCAGAAAGAAUUGUUACAUCAGGAAUGUAGUGUGUCAUCAAGGUGUGUGUCUGGUGUGUUUGAAGGAUGGAGAUAAAGAUCAGUUUGUGAUUGAACAAUUUUAUUUGAAUGAAGACAAGAAAUGGCGUUUCCUCACAGUUCUACCAAACGAACUGCAGUUGGAUGGUGUAUCUGUUGCUCUUUAUGACAACUCACUGUAUAUGGUGGGUGGUGAGACUAAGUCAGGGGAGAUAGUGAACACAGCGCGUGUGUAUGACCUUCACAGCGGUCAUUGGUCUAAGAUGGAUGACAUGCAAACAAAAUGUCGUGCCUGUUCGUCUGUUAUUAUAAAAAACACAGUGUUUGUAGGGGGAGGAUGGACUGGUGGAGUUUGCCAAGGUAAUAUUGUUGAGUGUGCAGAUGUUCGUGAUAGAAAAUGGAGAACAAUCCCCUCUACAACCACAUAUUACCCAACACUAACGUCAGUCAGUAACAGACUGGUGGGCACUGGAGGAACAACACAACAGUGGUUUUCUUCUCCUUCUAAUAUUGUAGAAUUAUAUGAUGAGAGAUCUACCAAAUGGCUUUCUCUUCCACACAUGUCACACAAACGGUCGGCACAUGCUGCAUUCUCAACUCAGAAUGGAGAACUCAUCACAGCAGGAGGGAUGCGUGCUGAACAUCCAAUAGAAAGUCUUAAGUGUGACUAACAUUUCCAUUUUC